CACAAAUCGCAACACCCAAAUACUCCGUGCUCCGCACCAAGUCCUGCGCAGUUCGACUUCAACCCGGGAAAUGCUGGCUUGGCCAGAUUCGUCACCGAGUGUUCUCAGUUGGCUCCCAUCCCGGGCCAAUAGUGCGCACUGCGGAACCGACUCACUCGGCAAUUUGCGGCGUUGUGCAAAGGACGACAACGGCCGAGUUUCCCAGUUGCCGAUCUACACCGUUAGUGCCAGUUGUAUGAACGACAUUGCCUAAUCAGAACUGGCGACAUGGCGACCUCGCAAGCAGAUCAGUCUCUUGCAUUGUACAGUAUGCCUGAGUCAAAGCCGCUCCUGUGUUUCAGAGUCUUUUUUCCUUUUGUGUUUCUUUCCAUGGUCGCCUUCCUGGCGGUGUACCUUUUCCCUGCGGCGUUCCCUGCGCGAGACCUGUUCACGUUCUCCGCUCUGCUGGAGAUGAUGAAACCUGUCUUCGUCCAAGUUGGCCAACCAAUGCGCUGGCGAUUAUCCACCUUGGUUGAGAUGUGGAGUAGAUGCACUCGAAUGCUCGGAGGUAGCCCGGCGUUCACCGAAUGGAUGGAGCCGUGGAGUUCCCAGGUUCAAGCAUCAAAUCCCGCAAUCGUCCGUUAUGUUUAUCGAAACUAUCCCUAGAGGGCUUCAUCCGCUGAAGCGGCGCGUGUUCUAA